AUGAAAUUUGCAAAGGAGCUGGAGAGAGACUUGGUGCCAGAGUGGCGCAUCAAGUACCUCAACUACAAGGCCGGGAAGAAGCACAUCAAGGCCGUUGCCAGAGCCAUCAACCGUGCCAAUGGCAACUCAUCGACCAGACUCAAUGGGAGGACUGAACAGCCGCACUCUGGGGCUGCUUCGUUCAGGACUGCCAAUUCUGCCAACCCCCAGCAGGAUCGCGACCAAGCCCCCGCCGACGAUGGCGUCGACCCCUUGCGGACAAGCCCGGCGCCAAUGGGCCAGAGUCCGUCACGCUCGAUCCCCAUCAAGCGGCCUGCACCAGUCGCCGGUGAACGCCAGGGACUCAUGCAGGGAGCGGAGUCGGACGUGCAGUAUGGCAGCUUUGUCCCAACUCCUCCGGACCACGGGCCUGCUCCCAUCAGCGAGUCUGGCCAGCCCAGUCAUCUGUUCGAGCUUCCAGCUCCUGCCAUCAAGGUGCCUUCCAAUAGCCCUCGCGCCAGACUGAAGAGGAUGUUUUCCUUGGCCGGUCCAUCGCUGGAGCGUUACCGCUCGCGAGGCGAGUACGACAUGCACGCCUUUGACGAGGUCCGCGAGAAGGAGAAGGACUUCUACGAUUUCCUUGACAGCGAGCUUCAAAAGGUCGAGAACUUCUACCGGCAAAAGGAGGACCACGCAGGCAAGCGGCUGACGCUGCUCCGCGAGCAGCUGCAUGAGAUGCGCAACCGGAGGAUUUCCGAGAUCGCUGAGGCUAGGCGCCGUAAGCGUGACGGAGAGUCAAACGGUCACGAUGUGAAGGAGGGUCUCAAGAACAACGGGCCAGGCCAUCUGCCCAUGCUUGAUCCCCUCAAGGCCAAGCUCUUCAAGCCCGGCCCAAACUCCAAGGCCCUUCAGAGGAUGCCCCAGACUCCAAGACACAACGGGACGAACCCAGAUGAGAGGCGCGACUAUGUCCGUCGGCCUGAUGAGCAUGAGGUGCCAUAUCGUACGGCGAAGAGGAAGCUCAAGCUCGCACUUCAGGAGUUCUACCGUGGUUUGGAGCUCCUGAAGUCUUACGCUCUCCUGAACAGGACUGCGUUCAGAAAGCUCAACAAGAAAUACGACAAGGCGACCCACGCACGGCCGCCUUACCGCUAUAUGAACGAAAAGGUCAACAAAAGCUGGUUCGUCAACAGUGAUGUCCUAGACGGCCAUCUCCAGGCAGUCGAGGAUCUGUACGCCAGAUACUUCGAGCGCGGAAACCAUAAGCUUGCAGCAGGAAAACUCCGUAACCUGAGCAAGAAGAAGCGCGACGAAUCCGGCAGUGCCUUCCGAAACGGUCUGCUCAUCGGCGUGGGCGCGGUGUUUGCUAUUCAGGGGCUCGUGCAAGGAGCGCAACUUCUCUUUGACGAUGACCCCACUGUGAGGACGCAGACGAGUUAUCUGAUGCAGAUCUACGGCGGCUUCUUUCUGAUGCUGUAUCUGUUCAGCAUGUUCUGUCUGAAUUGCAAGCUUUGGACCGCUAAUCGAGUCAACUACCCCUUCAUAUUCGAAUUCGACCCCCGAAAUCAACUGGAUUGGAGACAGCUUUCGGAAUUCCCGAGCUUCUUCGUCUUCUUGUUCGGAUUGUUCAUUUGGUUGAACUUCACGAGAUAUGGGUCCCCCGCUAUGUAUCUCUACUACCCUGUGUUGCUUGUAUUCAUCACGGUGUGGCGUCUUUUCUUCGCUGGCCUAUACCCCGUCGAGUUUCGAGACUUCUUUCUGGGAGACAUGUACUGCUCCUUGACCUACGCCAUGUGUAACAUUGAGCUUUUCUUCUGCCUAUACGCCCAUUAUUGGGACAAUCCACAGCAGUGCAAUUCGAAUCACUCGCGGUUAUUGGGAUUCUUUGCCUGCUUGCCUCCCAUUUGGCGAUUUCUUCAGUGUAUCCGUCGUUACAGAGAUACCCGUAACAUUUUCCCCCACCUUGUCAACGGUGGCAAGUACACAGCAUCUAUACUUGCCGGCGUGUUCUUAAGUAUUUACCGUAUAAACAACACGAGCAAGAACUUAGGCCUCUUUAUCGCCUUUUCGACCAUCAAUGGAUUUUAUACCGCAUUCUGGGACAUCUUCAUGGAUUUCAGUCUUGUUCAGCCACACGCGCGUCAUCGUUUCCUGCGGGAUAUUACAGCUCUCAAGUCUCGUUGGCCCUAUUACCUGAUCAUGAUCCUCGAUCCCAUACUACGUUUCAACUGGAUCUUCUACGCCAUCUUCACUCACGACACGCAACACUCCAGCAUUGCCUCCUUCCUCAUCGGCUUCGCAGAAGUUACCCGGAGAGGCAUGUGGACCCUGCUUCGAGUAGAGAACGAGCACUGUUCGAAUGUCGCACAAUACAAGGCCUCGAGGGACGUCCCUCUACCGUACCACCUCGACACCGGCAUCAACGCGCUCACGAGCGCCAGAGUUAGCUCGGACUCGACCGCCGGGAAGCAGCCGGAGGACGACCUCGCCCUCGACCCCUCCGCAGCCACCUGGGCCGGCGGCAACGAGAACCGCCCGCCAAGCGGCAAGUCCACAGGGGUCGACGUCUCGGGCUCCGCCUCCGCAAGGCCCGGGCUGUCCAGCGCCGCGACGGCGGACGUGGUCGAGGAGGGCCGGACGCCUGGCGAGGACUCCCUGCGGAUGCGGAAGCGCCAGCGCGCGGAUACCAUCGGGAAGCGGAGCAUAGUGCGCAUGCUCGCGGACGCGCACAAGCAGGAUUUCGAGAAGAAGAGGAAGCCCGCGUCGACCAAGGGCGGCGGUGGCAGCGGGGCUGGGCAGCUCGAUGGGGCGGUUGGGGCAGAUGAGGACGAUGAUGAGGAUGACGACGACGAUGACGAUCUAGGCGCGAUUGAUGAUGGGACUGAUGAUGAAGAUGAAACGGGUUCCAUGCUUGAUGAGAGGAUGGAGGUUCGGGAGGCCGAGAUAAUGCUUGGAAAGGGAAGGGAUGGCUCAGAAAUAUAG